AUGGCCAUGAGGAAGGAGAAGCUGAGCAGCGCCGCCGUGGCCGUGGCCAUAAUGGCGGUCGCGCUGCUGGCCGCGGCGGCCGAGGCCGGGACGUGCAACGUCGACGCUGGCGCGGUGAUGCACCAUUGCAAGUCCGCCUGCUCGAGCUGGUGGUGGGGCGGCGGGGCAACGCCGAGCCACGGCUGCUGCAACGCCCUGAGAUACGCCGACUUCGGUUGCGUCUGCCGCAGCUACUGGGGCACGCUCAGGAGCACGCCCUACGCCGGCUGCGCCAUGGCCAUCCCUUCCAGGUGCAACAUCCGGGGCGCGCCCAGCUCGUGCUAG